GUUGCUCCGAACCUUCUCGGGCCGGAUCAUUAGGGCUAUGCUAUAUAAAAGGGCAGUUUCAAAAGUAAUCGCGCGAUUAUUUGUUGUUGCUUGUCAGUUGUCACUCCUGUGCUUUCGAUUUCAUGAUCGUCAGGUCAUAGUACUAUUUCGUUUUGAUUCGAUGCCUUCAGUGUGAAGAGUAGCAUCGGCGCAUAAAAUGACAACAGGUGAAAGGCUUGUAUUCGUGUUAUGGUUUAUCCUUUGCGCAGGAACACGUACUUACGGCGAAUCGUCGACGUGCCUGACGGUGUACGAAGAAGGCGGUGCUCCGGCGGUUUUUCAGUCUCCAAAAUGUCCUCGCUGGAAACUUCCGAGCUACGGUUCCAAACCGCGGUAUCAAUCGCCGGCCGCCAUUUGUCAGACGGCCUUGCAUCAAGGUCGUCGCAAGCAGCAGGAAGAUCGCGCUAUCUGCGCUCUAGAUAUUCGCGUUCCUUUCCUCGGUCCUAAAGGUAUCACAGAGGUUACAGUUGGUAUUGUUGGAGUUUUUGAUGGCCAUAAUGGUGCUGAAGCAAGUGAAAUGGCAUCAAAGCUAUUACUGGAGUACUUUACAGUGCAUAUGUUCUUUCUUCUUGACACAACGUUUUCCGUCCUAUUAAGGAAAUUGAGGGGAUGGCUACCAAGUGAAAGAGGGAAUGAUGUACUUCAGGACCUGAAGUGGGAUGAGGAAUUGGGCCAGCAUCAGUUGAAAUUUGGGAGGCUUAAGCUGAGUUUGUCAUCAGUCUUUGAUGACUCUUUUCCAUUGGAAGUAUUCAAGGAAGCAGUGCUAAGAGCAAUUGGUGAUAUUGAUUCUGCAUUUUCAAGGGAUGCUUUUAGAAAUAAUUUUGAUUCUGGAUCUACUGCCGCAAUCAUACUGAUGGCGGAAAAUCAAAUUUUUGUGGCCAACAUUGGUGAUUCAAAGGCGUUUGUGUGCUCUGAGGAUUAUAAAUCUUCAACAGAGGCAAGGGCUGCUUUAUUGAGGAUGUAUAGGCAGACAAAGGUUGAUGGGAUCUUUCAUCCCUUUAGAAAUUAUCGCACAUUUGAAUCAGUAGCUUCCGAUAGGUUGUCUUUUUUGAUUGCUAGGGAGUUGACUAGAGAUCAUCACCCAGAUAGGGACGACGAAAGGUCUCGAGUGGAGUCUGCCGGGGGACAUGUUUCUGAAUGGGGUGGUGUAGCUCGAGUUAAUGGUCAGUUGGCUGUUUCUAGAGCUAUUGGGGAUGUGUACCUGAAAAGUUAUGGUGUUAUAUCUGUGCCCGAGAUCACUGAUUGGCAACCUUUGACAGAAAAUGACAGCUACUUGGUGGCUGCAUCAGAUGGUGUUUUUGAACAACUAAACCCACAAGAUGUUUGUGACAUAUUGUCAAAGUUACGUGCAGAUUUCGCUGUUAGAUCAGAACUAAAUUCUUCCUGUAUGCACUCAUUAGCUGAUUGCAUAGUAAAUGCUGCAUUCGAAAAGGGAAGUACAGAUAAUAUGGCAGCCAUAAUCCUCCCAUUUAGGUCUAAAGUGCCUAUGAAGACUCUGCCUAAGGAAGACUGUGAUGGAUUGCAUAUAUCUGAUUGCCCAGCUUUAGGAUAUAAUGGUUAUUCCAUUGGACUGUCAGAACUUGCAGAAAUGGAGCAAGCUCAUCCAGUUGUUACCUACCUUGACAGAUUGUUGGUUGUAGGUAAAGAUAGAUGUUUCUAUCUAUCUGAGAACCUUGAUGAAAAGGAUGAUAAUACAUUCUGGAUUCAAAAAGAUGUCCAGGAAUAUCCAUAUGAACUAGGAUACUCUAUCAGGAAACUCCAUGUGUUUUAUCCUUUAAAAAUUGAUGUUUAUAGUUCUGAACAAUGGUCUCUUUCAUUCUUGCUUCAGGUUGUAGGUAAAGAUAGAUGUUUCUAUCUUUCUGAGAACCUUGAUGAAAAGGAUGAUAAUACAUUCUGGAUUCAAAAAGAUGUCCAGGAAUAUCCAUAUGAACUAGGACUUGGAUUGUCUGAAGGGGCUGGUUACAGUUCUGGUGGACCAGUUAACUUGUAUAAUGAUCAGCACUUGUGCUUAAACUUUGGGAUGAACUUUGAAGGGAAUAAAGAGCAGUGCAUAAAUCCCGAAGGCUUUGCUAGGUUCCUUGGUUUGCUUGAAUCAGUUCCCUUUAAUGAUACUUUUUCAAAUGAGCAUGCAACAGCCGAUUCAAGGUACAUACUAAAGAAAAGAUAUGACCGUGGAUCUUAUGGAGAAGUAUGGAUGGCUUUUACUUGGAACUGCUCUCAUGGCAACAAGACUUCAGAGAAUGCCAAAACUCCAUAUUCAGAAGAUUCUGAUAUUGACCAUUCUGAUGAGUUCAUUUUGAAGCGUAUAAUGGUGGAGAAAGGGGUUGCUGUAUAUCUAAGUGGGCUAAGGGAGAAACAUUUUGGUGAAAUUUUCUUGAAUGCAUCUACUGUUCUUGGAGGUCCAUUGUCAACUAGAGAAUCCUAUUGCCUCUCAAAAGAUACUUGUCUAGAGCCACAUGGCCAUUUAAUGGAAAAUGACUCAAUUGGUCUGGAAAUGGGUGAAGUUUUGAAUUUUGACAAUAUCUAUGGUGGAAGAAGUGAAGUGAUGCAAGCUACCUAUGAAGAAGGUCUUAAUCACAUUGCCAGAUAUAUUGAAUCUUUUGAGUCCCAAUCUAAUGAAAUAUGGCUUGUUUUCCGCCAUGAAGGAGUAUCCUUGUCAAAGAUCUUGUAUACAGCUGAAGAAGUGGCAAAUAGUGUAGGAGAGAGAAAUGAACAAGUAAAGAAUGUUCAGAUAUUGCACCCAUCAAAAUGGUGGUACUGGUUAAAGACAACAGAAGCAGGGCGGGAGGAAAUGCGCAAUCUUAUAUGGCAAUUGCUCAUGGCACUCAAGUCUUGUCAUGACCGGAAUAUCACACAUAGAGAUAUUAAACCUGAGAAUAUGGUCAUUUGCUUCGAAGAUAUGGAUUCUGGGAGAUGCUUGAAAGGACAUCCAAGUGGGGACAACAAUUAUACCACAAAAAUGCGCAUUAUUGACUUUGGGAGUGCACUGGAUGACUUCACAUUGAAGCAUUUGUAUGGCUCUGUUGGACCUUCAAGGGCUGAACAAACUUGUGAAUAUACUCCACCUGAGGCUUUUCUUAAUGCCAGCUGGUACCAGGGGCCAACUUCAGCAAGUCUUAAGUACGAUAUGUGGAGUGUUGGGGUUGUGAUGUUGGAACUAAUAUUAGGAUCACCAAAUGUGUUCCAGAUAAGUUCUAGGACACGUGCUCUUUUAGAUCAGCAUCUAGAAGGGUGGAAUGAAAGUAUAAAGGAGCUUGCCUUCAAACUAAGAGCUUUCAUGGAAUUAUGUAUCCUGAUCCCUGGGAGUUCAACAAAGCCGCGUUACCCGGACUCAGGUUCACCGGCUCCAUGGAAAUGCUCUGAAGAGUUCUUUUUGCAUCAAAUUAGAAACAGAGAUCCUCUAAAAAUAGGGUUUCCGAAUAUAUGGGCUUUGCGAUUAGUUCGCCAACUGCUACACUGGAAUCCUGAGGAUCGACUGAGUGUUGAUGAAGCUCUGAAGCAUCCAUAUUUUUCACAACAUGCACACAAUCAAACUGAUGGAAAGGUUUAACUUGCCUCUGUCUAUGCUCAGUUCCACAUGCUUUGAAGAAAUGUGUCGAGCAGACUGCGAGUUUUGAGUUGGGAUGUUUGCUCCUCAAGCAGGCAGGAGUAGUUACCAAAGUGGUUGUAUGAGAACGUUGGCACUGUAAGUAUGCAAUUCCAUUGAUUAAAAAAGAAAUAGAAAGAAAAAAAUAAAAUGCAACAGUAAACAUCUUACACUCGACAACAGAAGCAUUUUUGUAUUGUACUAUGCAUUCCAAGAUACAGAAUUAUAGAGAACUGGCCAUUCCAUCUGUAGCGCUACAGCAAAAGAAUUAAUAGAUUAGACCUACCUACUA